CUUUCAAAUUUUCAGCUACGUGUAUUGUUACCUCGGUGUCCUCAGCUGUUCCAGACGUCCCUGAGACAGUUAAUGUCUGCUACAGCUGGUCAACGCCCGCAAAAAACAACUCCGCAAAGACGCAGCAUCAAAAGAAUGCAGUGGCUUUUCUGUCUGGCAGCAGUUUUUCUUGCUCUUAUACACGGAACUGCAAGCUACGACGACGAUCCCACUUAUAUGCAAUGCACAGAAUGGCCCGACAGAGGGCCAUGUAACGGAACCCUAUACCGGUAUUACUACAACUUCAAAAGAGGACUGUGCCGCCUCUUCAUCUACGGUGGUUGUCAAGGUAACGACAACAACUUCAGAAGCCGUAACGAAUGCAUGCGCCAGUGCGCAAGAGUGAUCACCGCAAGAGUCUGCCGACUCAGGCCUGGUCCUGGACCAUGCCAUUCCAGAGUCAUCCGCUACUACUACCAAAGCAAGACGCAUUCGUGCCGCCCCUUCGUGUACUCCGGUUGCGGUGGAAACCGCAACAACUUCCGUUCGAGCGACGAGUGCCGGAUGCAGUGCUUCGGCAAAGAGGAACACGAAAGAGGACGAUGCACACACCUCCUGGUAGGAAUACUGGCGUUAUCAGCAUGUACUGCCAUAACACGAGCUCAAGGGGGGGUCGACAUCAACUCAGUGGAACCAACUAGUAGUAAUACCACUGCUGAGCCAUUUAGUUCCGGUAAACCACCUAACUGCUUCGUGGCGCCAGAGCCUGGACCCUGCAACGGAAAGCUCUACAGGUACUACUUUCACUGGGGAGUCGGACAGUGUUACCGGUACACGUACAGCGGAUGUGGAGGCACCGGAAACAACUUCCGAAGCAAACAAAGGUGCAUGAGGACCUGCUGGCCACUGAACUAUCACAUGUACUGCCGUACAGAAGUGGAACAGGGGCCGUGUCAGUCCUGGUCGGUGCGCUACUUCUUCAGCGCCGAGAAGAACCAUUGCUUUCCCUUCUACUACUCGGGCUGCGGAGGAAACUUGAACAACUUCCGUUCCGAACAGGAAUGUCGAGCCAUCUGCAUUGCGGAGUGAAAAGAGCGAAGCGUAGCGUUCGGGCAGCCACCAACACUCGUCGAAGCGUUGUUUUCGGUGCUCUGUCAACAAGAAAGGAACUCGUAAUAAUCCUCUCCAACUCGU